AUGUCUGACUCAGAGGAAGAAAAGAAGGACAAAGGUUCUGAUAUGAAAUUUGACGAACUAAUGAAAGCAGCUGUUAGUAUCAAAACCAACCAGCUUGCUCAAAAGAAGAAGUUCUUUGAGUCCCUGCCUACUUUCCUCCAAGCUGGGGUGUAUUACACAAAGAAGCAGCUUAAUUUGAGAAAGCAAAAAUAUCAUCUAAAAUUAUUCGUCUUUGAAAUUCUUAAAAGUGAAGCCAAGAAAGCUUUCUCAGUUGAAGACUUUAACAGAGCCUGUAGGAAAUAUGAAGAAGCCUUAUGCAUCUGGAGGUAUUACUACUGUACCAACCCAGAGUGGGAGAAAGAAGGCAUUGAAGACGCAUAUCUUAAACAGCAUGAAGCGAAGGGCGAAACUCCUGACCAAAUCUUCAAAAUUCGAGAAAUGAAGAUCACCAUGUACUUGAAUAUCUCUAUCUGUAGUCUAAAACUGAAAGAUUUCAAAGCUAGCCUCUUCGCCUGAGAAGAGGCUCUAAAACUUGACAUGAAAAAUGUCAAAGGAUAUUUCCUCAGAGCCAGGAGCCGGAUCCUUGACAUCAACUCUGGUGUAGACGACCUAAAAAUUGCCAUUAAAGACCUCAAAGAGGGUCUGAAAAUAGAUCCAAGCAAUAAACCUAUCAUCAAAGAGCUCCAAAAGAUGAUGAAAUUAGUGAAUAUCCAGUCUAAAUAAGGAAAAAGAGACUUACCUCUCCAUGUUUGACAAGAAGAACAGUGUAGAAGAGUAUGUCGAAAAGACUAUAAAGGAUGACCUAAAAUCUGAAGAGAAGAAUAUCCAGAAUCUGGACAAGCUAAUGCCGCCCAUUCAGAAGAAAGUCAAGGAAAAAUUCGAUAAGAAAGUGAUGAAAUUCAUGAAAAAUAAGGAACUUGAGUUCUCAUUCGAGGUCAAGAAACAGAGAGAUAAGUUCCGAGAAGUUGAAGAAAUACGGGAAACUAUUGAGAAAGGUGAAGAAGCCAUUUCUCUCUAUCUCAAAGCAGGCAAGAUCGCUGAGGCCAAGCAGGUUAAAAAGUCCUUGCAACAAGCUAGAUAUGAGAUAGAGAUGCUUGAUUGUGUACUAAAUCUUGAUUUCUCGAGACCGAGACCAAAAGCAAAAGAAAUGGCACUUGAAAUGGGCCUUGAUCUUACAGACCCAGUAAUUAUUGAAGAAUUCAAAAAGAUGCAACAAAAGAGGCUAGAAGAAGUCAGACUUAUUAAAGAAGGCAAGAAGAAGGAACUCACUGCUAAAAGAACUGAGGAGGCUGAGGAUUAUAAUGAUAUUUUUAGAGAAAGCAACCGAGCUGCUUUAAGCAGUGACAAUCCAACUGUUGCGGAAGAACAGAAGGAAGAAAUUUCUCAUGAAGAGUUAAAGGAAGAAAUUGCAAAUGAAAAUGUAGAAAAUGGACCUCGACAAAUUCCUAAAAAUAGAAAGAUGGAUGAGGAGGAUGAAGAGAAUGAAUACAGCACAUUUACCAUUGCGAUUGCAGCAGUUAUCCUACUCUGGAUUAGUUCUCUAUUGUACCUCCUCGUAUUUAGAGGAUAA